GCGCCGCCGCGCGCCGCCGCCUUCGACCUGCUCACGCUGGUGCUGAGCUACCGGCGGCUGGAGCUCUACCUGGAGCCGCUGCGGGACGCGGCCCGCGCCGUGCGCGCCCUGCUGCGGUGGCAGCAGCCCCUGUGCUCCCUGCUCGUCUGCCUGGGCCUCAACUUCCUGCUGCUGACGCUGGACCAAGCCGCCUGGUACUCGGUGCUGGCGCUGCUGGUGCUGGUGCCGGCGCUGCUGGGCUACCUGCAGGAGUGGUGUCGCGCGCGGCCCUCGCCGCCCGAGCUYGUGCGCCGGCGCUUCCACAGCGUCCGCCGGCAGGACCUGCGCAAGGUGCAGCUCUCGCGCCAGGAGGCCGUCGCCCAGGUCAAGGGCUUCCUGAUCCAGCUGGAGGCCUUCCUGAGUGCCAUGUGCUGCAGCUGCGAGGCYGUUUACCGGGUUCUCUACUGGGAGAACCCCACCGUCUCCUCGCAGUUCUACGGGGCACUGCUGGGCUCCGUGUGCAUCCUCUACCUGCUGCCGCUCUGCUGGGUCCUGGCCAUCCUCAACAGCACCCUCUUCCUGGGCAAUGCCCAGUUCUACCGUGUGAUACUGGAGCUGAAAGCCUCGAUUGAKCAGCGCCUGGGCACCAAGCCCCUUGAGAGCACCCCAGAACCUGCUGAGCCUCUGCCGGCUGCUGCCCCACCAGACCAGACCCCCACACCCACCAGCACAGAGGACCUCACCCCUGGCAGCGUGGAGGAGGCUGAGGAGGCAGAGCCGGAUGAAGAGUUCAAGGAUGCUAUUGAGGAGAACCAGCUGCUGGUCAUGGAAGAUGAUGAAAGCUCUCAGUGUUCCUCAGAGUUUGACCUCAGCCUCCCGGACAAYGGUUUCAUGAGCAAAAACGAGGUGAUUCGCAGCAAGGUGUCGCGGCUGACCGAGCGCCUGCGCAAGCGCUACCCCAGCAACAACUUUGGGAACUGCACGGGUUGCGCAGCCACCUUCUCCGUGCUCAAGAAGAGGAGGAGCUGCAGUAACUGUGGGAACAGCUUCUGCUCCAGGUGUUGCUCCUUUAAAGUCCCCAAGGCUGUGAUGGGAGCUACAGCCCCCGAAGCUCAGCGAGAGACAGUUUUCGUGUGUGCUCAGUGCAACCAGGUGCUCAUCAARUGACCACAACAAUCCCGGCCAGCACGUGGGCUCUUGACUACCCAACCGGGGUCCCGUCCUGCCUCAUGGGACAGCGCUGCCCUCCUUGCUGGAGGCCUUGGAUGCUUGGCAUCGCUUCCAGAGGACACUUGUACGUGUUGCUGCCCUGCUGGCAUGGCCGGGAUGGCCGGAGCGGCUCUGCUCGCCGCAGAGCGCGUGCCGCCGCAGCCGGCUCCAAGCGGCGCCUCGCCUGCCGCCCUGCUGCCCCCCGAGGCAGGGCGGCCGAGGAGCCGGCCCUCCCGCUUCGGCUCCUGCCUGGGAGCAGGGCAGCCUCAGGGCUCUGUCCCUGCCCUUCYGAGCGCUGUGCAAGGGGACUGUUUUGGGGAUCAAGGCGGAGCUCUGUCUGUGUCCCCAGGAGCUGUGUCCUCGGUCCUGGCUCAGCUGGGCUCCGCCUGGCCCCUCCUGUGCUCCUCAGCCUCCUCGUAKCCAGGUCUAGUCUUUCUUCCCCACYGUUUUUGGCUGUAGCAGGGACCCGGAGCUCAGUGA